AUGAGUCAAAAUAACAACAACACCAAGACACCCAACCCAUCCAACCCGUCUUCUCUCAAGCCUCGCUAUGAGAUCCGCACACUGGAGCCGAAACAUGCACAAUGGGCCAUUGCCAUCGUCAUCCACUGCAACCUCUUCCACUCACCCGUGUGGCCUGUCCUCUACCCUGAAAAUAUCAACGCGCGCACGUUCAAGGGCUUCGAUAAUGCGGAAUACCUCGUCAUGCACCAGAUCAAUAGCGGCCAUUCCUUCGGCGUCUUCGACACCGAGUACCAAUUCAAGCGCGAAGAAAGCAAGGCAAGCGGCGGCAAGCUGUAUUGGGACCGCAACGAGAAGAGCGUACAGGAAGAGAAGGGAUUCGAGGCGGAAGGCCAACGCUUGCUCGAGCAGAUGGACUUCCCACUCGUGAGCAUCGCGCUGAGCUACGAUGGCGCAGACCCGUUUGAUCUGGAGAAAAUGAUGCCCCUGCUCGGUGUUCUUCCGCAUUUUGGUCCUCUUUACCAUGUCUUGGAGGUGCUUGAUCCGCGCGAGAAGGACAGCUGGGCGCCAAAGACGCACGGGGAGGUUCUGAUGCGAAAUGCCACUGCGACACGACAUGACUAUGAAGGCGAGAAGAUCAUGGCGGGGCUGGCGAGGUUCUUGAUGCGUGAGGCGGACGCGAGAGGUUUUAGGGGCAUUCAGAUUGAAUGCGUGCACGAUGCUGUGGCGCAUGUGUGGUCGAAUCCUCCUGCGCCAUACAAGGGGAGUGAUGUCAGUGAGUUCCACACCGGUACUUACAAAGAUGAGGAGGGAAAUCUGUUCUUUGCACCAGCGCAGCAGAAGAUUACGAAGGUCUAUGUGGAUUUGAAACCGAAGGCGUCGGAUUGA